AAAUAAUUUUCAAACAGGUAUUCAAAGUCCAGAGCUUGGAGACUUGAAAUGGGUGAUAGUGAUGACGAUUAUGACCGGCGGAGUAGGGAUAAAUUCCGCAGGGAGAGGCGUGAUUACACCAGUGAAAGGGGAACUGCUGCCAGAGGAGAAUGGGAAGGGGGUUCCUGGGGACGUGGAGGUCAGCGAAGAGACUAUCGGACUAUUGAUUAUAACAAGUUUGAAAAUGACAGACGUUACAGCCCUGGCAGAAGCCAUGACAUGAGUCCUCCUGCUCCAAAAAGGAUGCGUUCUGAUUGGGAGGGGAGAAGCUAUGGAACCUAUGACUCCGGCUAUUCAUCAUAUGGAAGUCAUUACCAUCAAGAUACAUCACAGUCGUAUGGAUCUUCUUAUGGAACAACUUCGAGUCAUUCACGGAAUUCUGGGAGUUCUACGAGGAACCCUGUUCCUGAGGUAGACUAUCCCACUCAGCCACCCAUGAUGAGCUUCAAGGCCUUCCUCCAGACGCAGGAUGAUUCGAUCUCGGAUGAUGAUGCCAUUCGCAAGUAUGGUGAAUACAAGCUGGAUUUCAAGCGCCAGCAACUUCAUGAAUUCUUCCUUGCACACAAGGAAGAGGAAUGGUUCAAAGGCAAGUAUCACCCUGAAGACAGUACCAAGAGGAAUGAGGAACACCUGUCUGCUGUCAAGCACCGUCUGGAGGUCUUCAAUGACCUGAUGGAGCAAAGCACCUUCUCUCAACUCAGUUGUGAUGCUGACCAAACAGAUUUACUUUUGAAGCUGCUUGAUUCAGUUGUCAUUAAGUUGGAAGGGGGGACUGAUUUUGACUUGAAUGUCCUUGAUGAAGUUCUACUAGAGAGGUCCAUUGAAGAAUUGGACAAGGAAAACAUGCAGAAGGACGUUGUGAAAAAGGAGGUGGCUGAAGAGGACCUGCAAGCAAAAACCAAGGAUUUCUUGAACAAGAAGAUUUCUGGAGGAACAAAGAAGCGAAAGAAGAAGGAAAGGCGGUAUGAGAGUGGCAGUGAUGAUGACGAAAGUGACAGUGAAGAUGAAGAGGAGAAUGAAGAAGAGAGUGAACCUGCACCUCCUGGAAUGGAAUCUUUGGUGCCACCUGGUGGAGAUACAGAGAAGCAAGCUGUAGGGGAAGGUGAAAGUAUGGAAGAAGGUGAAGUGAAGAAGAAAGGAAUUGAGGACAUGAAGGAAGAAGGAGAAGAGGGAGAAGACAUGGAAAAGGAUGAAAAAGAUCAUGAAGGUGUAGUGAAGCAGGAAGUGAAGGAAGAAGGAAAAGAACAGGAGGAAGAAGUGAAGGAGAAGCAUGUAGCAGAGGUAGAAGGGGCUGGACAGGUGGAGGCAGAAGAAAAGAAGCCAAGGGCUUUUCACAAGACAGCUUCCAUCUUUCUCAGAAACCUUGCACCCAACAUCACCAAACAGGAAGUUGAAGCUAUGUGCAAGCGGUUUAAUGGCUUUCUGAGGGCAGCCAUCGCAGACCCUCAGCCUGAAAGGCGAUGGUACCGUCGAGGAUGGGUCACCUUUGAUCGAACUGUCAACAUCAAGGAGAUCUGUUGGAAUCUGAACAACAUCCGAUUGAGGGAUACUGAACUGGGAGCAAUCGUGAACCGUGAUCUGACUCGCCGUAUUCGGACUGUGAAUGGUAUCACAUGCCUCAAACAAGUGAUGCGCCAAGACAUUAAAGUGGCAGCUAAAGUUGUCCAAAAUCUUGAUGCCAAGUUUGGGCUUUGGGGAGAGUCACACAAGGAUGCCCGAGAUGCUGAUCUUCCAAUUUCCUUUGGCAUGGUGUCAAACAAUCCCUUUCUGAAGAACAUCACAGAGCAUUUGAUUGAGGAGGCAUCAGCAGAAGAGGAAGAGUUGCUUGGUGAGGUUGUGCACGAUGAUGAAGAAGCCAAGAAGACCAAUGGAGAGGUUGAUGAUAAUGACCCCAAGAAUUCUGCUUGUGAAAGAGAUGAAGGGCUUGCCAAGGUCCUUGAUCGGCUGAUCCUGUACUUGCGUAUCGUGCACUCUGUGGACUACUACAACCAUAGUGAGUACCCACAUGAGGAUGAGAUGCCAAACCGAUGUGGGAUCAUGCAUGUUCGUGGCUCACCACCUAUGUCCCGUGUCACCCAGAAGGAAAUUUCUGACUACUUGGCCAAUUUUGAAAACAAGAUCAAGCCCUUUUUACAGAUGAUAGAGAAACUCUCGGAGGAGGAAGCAAAGAAGCUUGGACUGAAGGAUGCUGACACUGAGGUGGAAAAGUUCAUUCAGGCCAACACCCAAGAGCUUGCAAAGGACAAGUGGCUCUGUCCUCUCAGUGGAAAGAAGUUCAAAGGCCCAGAUUUUGUGCGCAAGCACAUCUUCAAUAAGCAUGCGGAAAAAGUGGAUGAAGUGAAGAAGGAGGUGCUGUAUUUCAACAACUAUGUGAGAGAUACAAAGAGACCACAGCUGCCAGAACAUCCAUCAACUAAGUCAGGGGGAUCCAAGACACCACAGCAGGCCCAGGCAACUCCUGAAGCACGUCCUCCUGCCCCUCCAGAUCCUUACUACCAGUCUCAGUACGGUGGCUAUGGAUACGGUCGUCCAUAUGGUGGAUUAGGAACUCAAGCUUACAGUGGAGGAUAUGGGAGGGAGUAUCCACCAGCUUAUUCCAGAGGACGUGGAGGCUAUGGUCGUAGGGAUAGAAUGCAUUCCUACAAGGACCUGGAUGCCCCACCUGCCGAGGAAGUGCUGUCUGUCGACUCCUUGAUGGCCAGAGUGCUUCCAGAUGGUGGAGGCUGAUGGGCCUGGGGGAUCAUGAUUUUAUUGGACGAAGAAAAUCCAUGCAAGAUGAAAUCUGUUGAAGUGCAAGCUCACGCGUUUGAUUUUGAGUCUCUGAAAGUAUGCAGUCCAUAAUAAAAUAUUCCCAC